CGGGGUGUCACUUCCCACUCCUCUCCCGGGUCCUUGCGAGUAAAGAGUCUUUUUGGAGGAAGGAGCACAAUGACGGGCAGCAUCGAGGGACUUGAGAGGUUUGACAGUCCGGGGAAAGGGCGAGGUCUCCGUGUUACCAGACCCUUUAAAGUUGGAGAGCUGCUGUUUUCCAGCCAGCCAUACUCUUAUGUGCUGUCAGUAAAGGAGAGAGGCUACUACUGUGAGUUCUGCUUCACCAGGAAAGAGGGCUUGGCAAGAUGUGGGAAGUGCAAGAAAGCCCUCUACUGCAAUGCAAAAUGCCAGAAAGGGGACUGGGCCAUGCACAAGCUGGAGUGCUCUGCAAUGACUGCAUUCGGAGAAAACUGGUGCCCGUCAGAGAUGUCCCGCCUGGUGGCCCGGAUCCUCGCCAAGAAGAAAACACAGAAAGGAAGAUGUGUAUCUGAGAAGAUCUUACUCAUAGAAGAGAUACAAUCACAUGUGGAGGACGUAGACAAUGAGAAAAGAGAGAUGAACGAGGCAGAUGUUGCCGGACUCCAUCGUUAUUUCUCCAAACAUUUGGAGUUACCCGGCCACAAAGACCUGCUCACACUCUUCUCCCAGGUGGCCUGUAAUGGUUUCACUAUAGAGGAUGAUGAACUGUCCCACAUAGGUACUGCAGUCUACCCAGAGCAAUGGCCAUAAUGGAGGUGGCUCAUGGGAAGGAUCACUUCUACUUGACAGAGCUGCGCAAAGAGAUGCUUAAAAAAUGAAAAAAAAGAAAGAAAUUAUGUAACACAGCUGACUGCAUACACUCCUUUGGCUAGGAGACUUACAGAACUGAAGGCACUUUCUACUCUUUUUGGUACUGAAGCAAAGAUAGAGCGCAUUCAUGUUUUUAUGGAAAAAAUAUAUUUUUUUCAAGAUUUAACUUUUUACAUCAGUGUUUUGUAUGCAAGAACCUUUUACUGUAGUUUGUUAAAUGGUUAAAUUACUCAUGUUGACCAUAAUGAGUGAGAAUUCCUAAUUUGUAACGAGUUUGUGUUUGUUUUGGCUUUUGACUGACAUGUCAGCUGGACCUUGUCAUCCAUCAGAGUGGAGUUGUUUACAUAUGUGUGUAGGGGGUCAAUGCAACAAAAUGCCUGUCAGCCUAUCAGGACAGCUGCUUCACCACAGGCCUGUCAAAGCUGCAGAAUGUGCCCCAGUCAGGAUGGUGGGCUGGGAUACAUACUUGCAUUAACACCUUGUGUGAGUAUUCUACACUAAUUGUGACUAAUGUCUCCUUGACACUGUCUUACCAGCAAAAAGAAAAUUAUUUCAAAAUUCAGAAAUAAAUGAAUUUGUGGCCACAGUCUUAAAGAAAAUAAGGCUUUAUUGCAUAAUAAGCAAGUACGACAGCUUCAUACAUGUCUGGGGAGAGAAAAACAAAAGACUUGAUGCACUGAAAAACGCAUAUACAAAACAUAUGUACACAUACUUUGAAAGGUAUUUGGAAGUUUUGCCAAAAAAAAUGAAGGGGAAAAAUUAAAUAUAAACAAACAGUGGAAUGCCGUGUGAGAAAAUACUGUCACAAAGAGAACAGAAGUGCAACAAAACACUUAUAUGUCAAGAGAGCAUAAAGCUUAUACUUACUUAAGAAUAUAUACAUUGAAAUAUAAAAACGCAUGCAUAGUUUAUUAUGUUGCAGUAUUUUUAGGGUACCAAGUCAAAAAGAGAAACUAUAUAAAACAUUUGUAGAAAUCUUUUCUCACAUGCCCAUUAUGUACAAAGUUACUGUGGACAUGGCUGGCUUUGCAUUACGAUUCAUAAAAAUAAAAAAGUUUAUUUAAUGUAA